AUGUCCUGGGCUAGGUCUUUGAUUGACUCAGAUAUCGCGUCAUGGAUCUUCAGUGAUGAGUGCUAUGUGCAUCUCUUUCGUAACUCUAAUUUGUCGUGGUGCAAAGAAGGGAUAAACGCAACGAUUGAAUUGAAAAACCUCAAUUAUGAUCUGGGGAGGAAUUUCUAUCGUUUUUGGCAAAAUGCUCUUCAUAAAGAAGGAGAAGUAUGCAAUCAAUGCCCAGGUCUAUAUCAGAGACAUUCUCCAGGGCUAUAUUGAGCCUUUAGAUGGAGACUACACCUUCGUUCAGGAUGGGGCAACAGCCCAUACUGCAAGGCAGACUAUGGAAUAUUGCAGAGAAAACGGGAUUGAUGUGAAGACUCAAUCGCCGAAGAGCCCAGAUCUCAAUCCAAUUGAGAUGAUCUGGGCCAAUUUGAAGAGGAAAGUGGAGAAAAAAAGCCUGACAGCAAAGCCAGACUAAUUGCUGCCAUUCAGGAGUCAUGGGACGAAAUUUCUUUUGAGGAAGUGCAAAAUUCCAUUCUUAAGGUGAAAAAUGAAAGAGCAAGGCAGGUCAUUGAAGCGCAAGGAGAAUGGAGUUAA